CCAUGGCUACGUGUUCAUCUGUUAAGCCCGCCAAAGAAGAAGACGUGCAAACAGAGGAGGCUGAUCCAGCGAAAACCACCGAAGAAGAAGUGCGAACAGAGGAAGAUGAGCAGAGAGAAGAAGCUAGCGAGAGCCUUCUUGAUUUCGAUUCAAUCAGUUCUCGUCUUAGUCUCAUUAUGGAAGACGAAGGAGCUGAGAUUCAGAAACCUCAAGAAGAUUCGACAAUGUUGCAAAGGAGUUACCAAACGAUGGAACGUGGCUUUACAUCGUUUGCAUGUGAUCAGAGACGUCGUCUCGCUCCUCAGAAUCGUUCCACCGCUCUUGAAGAACAGAUUACUAGGGGUGAUCAUCAAACUGUGAACCAUGGCUCAACAACGUUCUCAAGUGAUAGUCUUGAAACUCAGUCACCAUUUCAGCAGCAACAGCGAUUAACAACUGCUCGAAACCAGUCUCUUGGUACACUUUUUCCAACGAUGGUCACCACACAGCAACCAGGAUGGUCCAUAAGAGACCACAGCUUUGCAUCUGCUUGGAGUCCUCAGAUUCUAACGCCAUCUGUAGAUCAUCACCAGCACCAAAUGGUGAACCAGCUGGCUAAUAUAGAAGGAUUGCUGAACCAGACGUUUGUUCCAAGGCCUUUGUUUCAACCAGCUCAGACCCAUUUCGUUGAACAGCCUCAUCUCAAUGCAAUAGCUUUGUCCAUGUACCGUUACUAUCCUUACAUGAGACCUGAGGCUAAUCAUUUGAACCUGAGGAUGCCUCAUUUCAGGAGUAAUCAGAUGUUUACUCUGACAUCACCAAGUGGACAGCCUAGAUCCUUUGUGUCGCUGCAUGACCAGUUCAACCCACGCCAAAGGUUUGUAUUGUCCUUGGAUGAUGCACUAGUGUUUGGACCAGUUCUUGAGAUGGAUCAUCCGCAACCGCAGCAGAAGAGGGAGCAUCUUGACUUCCCCAUAGAUAUGAUUCACCGCCAAGCUUCUCCUAAUGCACAGCAAGGACAACACUUUGUCUACCCGCUGGAUAUGAUUCACCGCCAAGCUUCUUCUCCCAAUGCAGCAGCAGCACCACCACGGUCUCAGCUGAAUCAUCAACAGACGCAGCAACUUCAGCCUCAAACGCAGACUCAGAGGUUCAACGAUGGACCAUCUUCUCACCAAGGUCAACAUCAGCAUUAAACUUAACAUGAUUUGUCAAGUUUUGCGUUUUCACUAAAUCUCUUUCUCUCUCUCUCGCUCGGAUAGAUAUGUUAGUGACUUGUUGGUCAAGGAAGAGUUCACUCUUUGUCCUUUUAGAUGGAUUCAGUUUCAAUACUUUUCAGUUCACUCUUGUCCUC